CAAUGUGACCAAAACAGAAUCAUGGCGGCCGCAACGGCAGUCCGGUCGAGCGUGGGGCUGACUUUGAGACUUUCUCGAGUUAUACCGGACUGUACCACAUGUCCCCUGUACAGGCUAAAGAGCUGUGUGAACAGUGUGGCUAAUCUAAACAGGAGUGGUUCCUUUGAUAGCUUCCGGACGAUAAAUCGACAUCUGCAGACGAGUAUAGGUCUUUACCACAGUGAGGAGGGGAGCUCCAAUGCAGAGGACCCAGAGGAUGUGGUAAAUGUGGUGUAUAUAGAUCGAUCUGGCCAGAGGAUCCCAGUUAAGGCCAAAGUGGGAGAUAAUGUUCUGUAUCUGGCUCACAAGCAUGGGAUUGACCUGGAAGGAGCCUGUGAGGCAUCGUUGGCCUGCUCAACAUGUCAAGUCUAUGUGAGCGAAGCCCAUUUCGACAAACUGCCAGAACCUCUUGAGCGGGAGGAUGACAUGCUGGACAUGGCACCCAUGCUUCAAGAGAACUCCCGGCUUGGAUGCCAGAUCAUUCUCACUGCUGAGCUGGAUGGCAUUGAGCUCACCUUGCCCAAAGUCACCAGAAACUUCUAUGUGGACGGCCAUGUUCCCAAACCUCACUGAGAAGAGGCACAAAUGAUAAAGAGAAAAAUGAGAAGGUGUUGCUGUGAGCUAGACACCAUGUGUGCUGGUUGAGUGAGGGGGUGACCAUGAAGAGAUGCAUGGCUAGGACAGUAAAGUCCGUAGCAACUCCCAAGAUGUCUUGCCAACUGACAAAUUCCAGAGUUAAUGAUGAGAUUACGCAUAGUCAGACACUGAGUCUCACUGAAGGUGAAAUUAAUGGUUACUACCAAAAAAAAAAAAACUGUGAUGGUUUAACUGAUACAGUAUUUAUUUAUGUGGCGCAUUCUCAUGCCCAAUUUAAGACACCAUUCAAUCUCACAAACUGUUCUUUGUUAAAACAUCAGAGGAUUUAAGAGACAUUUGAUGAAUUUGUCAUACUUUGCUAAGAAUUUUUUAACCAAGUCCAUCUUUGUGCCCUUGAAUGGAACAUUCCUUGUUACAGCUCAUAUACGCACAAGUAUCACAUGAAGAUGUUCUUACUCAUUUUGACCAGUCCAUCAUUUUCACCCAGAUUCACUUGUCAGAUAUUGUAUGCAUUACAUUUAUUUUCAUUUUUAUGUACCAAGUUCAUUCGUAGGCGUUUCGAUGACUAAUCAAUAUGUUCUCAGUGACUUUAUUUAGCCUAUGUCAUAAACCUCAAAAGAGUUUUCUUCUGCUUCGUACUGCAGCCAGAUACAGAAGAAGAAGCCAUAUGUUAUAACGAAGUGUGUCUGAAAGAAAACGAGUUGCCUGGAACUUUGCAGGUUGGGCUCUCAACAAGUCAGAGUACAGACUGUUAAAACUUGAAUUUUAUUCACUACAAACCCUUCAAAACCUAUUCAGUUGAGUUGUUUCAAAUAUCAAAUGAAAAUGCAUUCUAAAGCACUUCCUGUCUGAUGCCAGCAGUAAUGGCUUGAGUAGUUGAUCUGGUUCAGGUGUGCUUGGAUCCAGAGCAGGAUGGGGGUGGAGACAAGUCUGUUAUGAAGCUGGUUGGCUUUAGUUACCAUGGAAUAAGUUUACCACAUCUACCCUUGUUAGGUCUACUGUACUGGUCCAAUUUACGCACAAAUAUAAGUGAAUUGUGUAUACCAUGUCUUAGAAAUUAAAAUUAUUCAAAGCUGUGCAAUAAAAUCAGUUUUAAAAAG